GCUGUCAUGCUGUGCGCAGUGGGCGUGGCCUGGGAUUCCUCCCAGGGGAGGGCAGUGUGUGUCCUUGUCCGAGAGGGGAGGUGAAACCAGCUGGUGGAGGACGCAGAAUGAGGGCCCUACGGGUCUCCCAGGCGCUGACUCGCUCCUUCAGCUCCAGCGUCAGGCACCACUUCCAGAACCGGGUGGCGGAAAAACAGAAACUCUUCCAGGAGAACAAUGACCUCCCUGUGCACCUGAAGGGCGGGACCACCGACCACCUCCUGUACCGACUGACCAUGGCAUUGACUCUCGGGGGCACCGCCUACAGCUUGUACUGCCUUGGCUGGGCCUCCUUCCCCAACAAGAAGUGAGACCAAGCAGCCUGGAGGCCCUAGAAACACCAAUAAACAUGCAGACUUCUUGAGAACCCA